UAUGUUGAGAGCUACAAUACGACCCAGAUGCUUCUGUCAGCUGCUCUGCCGUGCGGACAGAACUACAGUGUGACUGUACAAGGACAAGGCAGCGAGUGUGACAGCAUCCCCAGCAGCCCUGCCUUCCUCAAAACUACUCCAUGUGUCCCCCGCGAUGUGACCACCUACGUGCAGUGUGAGUUCAACAUGGGAUCUGUUAGCUGGGGGCCCAGUGAUGGCGCUGAAACAUAUGUUGCCGUAGCUACUGGACUUGAUGGACACACCCACCAGUGUCUCACUAACACCACCUCCUGCACCUGGGAGGACCUGCACUGCGGGGAGGAGUACACUGUUGUAGUGAGAGCAAAAGUUGACAACUGCACCAGUCUGCCCAGCAACAGCUCUGUCAUCCAUAUGGAUCCCUGUGUGCCCCGGAAUUUGGUUACCUCUGUGAACUGCGAUAUGAAAAUCGUUUCCCUGAGCUGGGAUGCAAGUAAUGGGACAAACUUGUACAUGGUCUCCGCUGAGGGAGGGUACGGAUCAAUUGGGCUCACCACUAAUGUCACCACAGCGUACUUCUCUGAGUUCAUCUGUGGACAAAACUACAGCCUCACAGUCACACCUCAUAACCAGCACUGUCCAGGCCACCCCAGUGCACCUGCUUCCAUACAGACAUGGCCGUGCCCGCCUGCAGGAGUUUCUACCAUGCAGGACUGCCUCUCUAGCAUCGUCAUGGUAACCUGGCAGCCCAGUAAUGGGACAGACUACUACACGGCCACCAUGCAGACUGACUCUGGCAUCUCAAACGUGUGCAUGUCCGACUCUAAUAAAUGCAGCGUUCCUGGUCUGAACUGUGGGCACAAUUUCUCUGUGUCCGUCACAGCUUCUAACCAGCAGUGUAACGUCACCUCCAGUCUAACUACCAGUCUGCAGUCAGUGCCAUGUGUUCCCACUAACGUCUCAGCGGUGAUGGACUGUGCCAACAACACUGCUGUUGUGUCCUGGUCUGCCAGUCUGGGUGCUGUACAGUACUCAGUGACAGCCUACAGUAGUCAUAGCAACGCCAGCUGCCAGACCUCUGACCUCACCUGUAAUCUUGACAACCUCACAUGUGGCAGCCGCUACUCUGUUCAAGUAGUCGCGAUGGAUGACAACUGCUCAAGUAUCCCCAGCCAGGCUCUGGUGUUCAGCUCAGCCGCCUGCCCACCUCAGAACCUGAGUUCCCAGGUCAACUGCUUGUCAAAUGAUGUGACAAUUUCUUGGGAUGCCACCAGAGAAGCGGAGUACUUUUUGGUUUCAGUAACUCCAGAAAACGGAGGAAGCAGCGAGUCAUGUAACACCACAAACACGGCAUGCUCUAUCAGCAAUCUGACCUGUGGAAAUACGUUCACUGUUGAAGUCACGUCUGUCAGAGGAGACUGCCGCAGCCAGCACAGCCAAACCCACAGCAUCAUGGCAGCUCCCUGCCAGCCGCAGGGAAUUAGAGGCAACCUUGACUGUGUGACCAACUCAGCCUGGAUAUCGUGGGAUGCCGCCCCAGGGGCGGACAGCUACACUGUGUCAGCAGUAGGUGGAGAGGACUACACAGCCAACUGCACCACUUCCACAAACACUACCUGCGAGGUGGAAGGCCUGGCAUGCGGUGUACUCUAUAACUUCAGUGUUGUUGCUAAAAACAGCGAGUGUGAGAGUCAGCCUAGUGCCACCAUCGAACUGCAGACAGCCCCCUGCUCCCUCUCUGGUAUCACAGCCUUCCCUCAGUGCCACAACUCCUCCAUCCUCGUUGUCUGGGAUCUCAUGGAGGGCAGAGAGGGAAACACAGUGUACACUGCCACAGCUGAAGCUAGUGACCACACCUACCUGUCCUGCAAUAACACUGGCACCAGCUGCUCCCUGCACGGAGCACGAUGUGACCUCCAUUACACCAUCAUUGUUGCUGCAUCAUCAGACCAGUGCAGCAGUUUGAGGAGUCCACCUUACAGAAUUAGCAUGGAGCCCUGUCCACCCAGAGAUGUGAUGGUCAACGCCUCCUGUGAGGACCACAGCGCCCUAGUGUCCUGGACCAGCUCUCCAGUUGCUGAAACCUACCACGUUGUUGCGAUGGGUGCAGAUGGACACGUGCAUACUUGUAACACCACCUCCAGUAACUGCAGCCUGUCAGAGAUCCACUGUGACCAGCAGUAUACAGUAUUUGUGACUGCGAGCCAUGAGAACUGCUCCAGCAAGGCCAGUCAAAAUGCAACACUCAACACAGGUCCCUGCCAGCCAGAUGGUGUCUCGGUUACGUUCCACUGUAACAAUCAGUCUGCACUGCUCUCAUGGAUGCGCAGAGAUAAUGCUGUAGACUACUAUGGCUGUGCUCAAGCAGAGAACGGAGACAUGCUGUACUGUCACAGCACUAAUCCCACCUGCAUUAUCGAGGGUCUUGAUUGUGGAACAGUCUACAAUUUCUCCGUCCAGGCCUCAGAUGGGACAUGCAACAGCUCCUUCAGUGACCCAUUGCAGAGCGGAGCAGCUCCUUGUCCUCCAGAUGCCAUACAGGUACAGCUGAUGCCGAUGCAGACGGAGAUCCAGGUAAUGCAUUUCAGCUGGACGCAGAUCACCUGCAGGGACACCGAGUACAUACUGAAGUUAACGGGAAGUCUUCUGGGAGACAGCCAGGCCCAGUUCGAUCUCUCUUCCUACUGGACAAACAGGACGUACUUUGAGAUUCCCCUCCCCUGCGGUUCGUCCUAUGUUGCUACAGUGGAGAGCAGGAAUGCUGCUGGCACCAGUGAUCCAUCAGUGCCUCUUAAUAAAACAACAGCUCCUUGUCCACCAUCAGGUGUGGUGUACAGCGGUAACAGGUCCUUCGCCACAGUUUCGUGGAACGCCUCAGUGUUUGCCACCACCUACACUGUGUACGACAACCGUGUUUCGCCUGAGGCACAGCUGUGCAGCACUGCAGGGCUGUCCUGCUCUCUGUCCAACAUCACUACCACAAACCUGGUGAUCACAGCCAGCAACGCAGCUGGAGAAAGUGAAGCAAAAAGUAUCACAAAUGUGAUUACACAAGGACGAAGGAGAAGAGAUCUCAGUGAAAAAAUGCCAGAUAAUGGAGGCCUCUCAGCUCCCGUGCUGGACGUCACACAGGCGAUGUCAACAGUUAUUUUUGUUGAGUGGUCUCAAGUAGACACCGCAUCCCAUUACAGCCUGAUUAUCAGGCCGCAGGGAAGCUCCCAUGAGCCACAGGAGCUAAUGGUGUUCGGGGAAAGCAUCAUUCUCACUGACCUGAGCCCCAACUCCACUUACUGUUUCUCUGUGUCGGCCAGGAAUGCGGCCAUUAGAGGACCGGAGUCCGAACCUGUGUGUGUGCAAACUGGACAGGGUCUCCCCCAGUAGAAAAAAACACUCAUGUAGACUGAGUGAGACGUCUACACAACACUCCCGACUAGAAUGUGAUGAUCUUUCUGUCAACCUUUGCCAAAUCUUUUCCUUAUUACUCAUAAAGCACAAUAGUUUUAGAUCUGAUAGAGUAUGAGGGUUUGUGUGGGUAGCUCUGACAUUUGCAUUUCUAUUAGUUUAUCCUAAACUGCAACUGCUGACUUAAUCUAGCCACACAUAACAAUUAAAGGGUAUUCGUGUACUUUACAAAACCCUAAUGUGAUUUAGAAGGUUGACAGGUCAGGCUGUGAUUGUACCCUUGAUUGAGAUACAUGUUUUGUCUAUUGUUGGUUGAGGUGAUAUAUUUUGUACCUAGGGCUUUGUUCCUCCUGCUUUUUAUGUUUUAUUCACUUUUGUAAAUUAUAUAUUAGUCAUCCUAAAAAGGUAAUAUAUCAGGAAGUGUUUUACAUGUCCAGAGUAUUUACUGUCAUUUCUAAAUGUAUAUUUAAUAAGAAAAAU